CCCAGGUCAAAUUGCCGAGGUACUAAAGUUAUAAGUAUGAACACCCUUCUCUUUCUCUAGAGCACUGUGUAAUGAUUAACAAAUAUUCAUUCUCUAUACCCUAAACUGCUACUUCUAUUAGGGAGCAAUGGCAAUAGACAAUAAGCGAAGGUCUGUGCUAAUUACAGGUUGCUCCCCUGGUGGGAUAGGAAAUGCGCUCGCGCUCGAAUUCUAUCGGCAAGGUUUACGCGUGUUCGCGACAGCGAGAGAUGCUGGAGCACUUGAAAAUUUGGCGGCUCUCGGUAUUGAAACAUUGAGCCUUAUCGUAGAUGACCCAGAGAGCGUUCAGUCAUGCUAUGUAGAAGUACGAGAAAGGCUUGGCGGCAAAGGACUGGAUUAUUUGGUCAAUAAUGCGGGACGAAACUAUACUGUUCCUGCCAUGGAGGUAGACCUCGCCGAGGCUCGUGCGACCUUUGAGACGAACUUAUUCUCAGUUAUCAACAUCUGCCAAACAUUUCUGCCCCUACUCAAGAAAGCUCGGGGUACUAUCGUUCAGAUUGGUUCUAUCGCCGGUAUUAUCCCAUACGUUUUUGGAUCGGUGUACAAUGCCUCAAAAGCUGCGUUACAUUCAUUCAGUGACACUCUCAGGGUAGAACUAGCUCCUUUUGGUGUGAAUGUGACAACAAUUAUUACUGGGGGUGUGCAAUCUCGUAUUGCUCGUGUGAAACGUACCUUGGCAUCUAAUUCCUUGUAUGCUCCGAUUGAGGAUGAGUAUAACCGUCGAGUGACGCACAGCCAGGACGGUGCAAUGCCACACACCGCAUACGCAAGGAGCGUUGUUGCACAGAUUUUGUAUGGCUCGGCACCAUGGCGUUGGUUAUGGCCAUGGGCUCAAGGCCGCAAGAGCUGGAUAUGGGAAGGCAACAAGAGCUGGAUUAUUUGGUUCCUCUCUGGAGGUUGGGCUUGGACUGGCAUUUUCCACUACGCAUUGGCGCGAAUGUUCAAACUCUAUAAGUUGAGGGAGUUGCGUGGAAAAUGAAAAUCAAGAUCUUUUUUCUUCUUUCCUUUUCUUGACAUGAUUCGCUUCCACCUACAUAUUCGACACCAAAAUAGUAUCCAAGUCGGAGACCCUGUUCCCCGGCAGCAGCAGACCGAAAAAAAGUCAUGCAAAGGAGCCUUGUACGGUACUAAUUCGUAUAUCUAUCCCAAAUAGCGCGACAAACAAGUACCAGAAAUAGUAGGCGUUACAGCCGUUUGAAUUAUUUGCCGGUUAGCAAAUGCAAAUAACGUUGACACGGAGAAUAUGAAUGUUUCGAUAGGGAUAGGGUCUAGCACAUUUAUAG